ACCUGAAUGGGUUCUUGCGCAAGUAAGUCUUGGACUGUCUCAUAAUCUCAAACCACAAAAAUAGAAACACACCCACAACACACGAUGAUCAGCAUUAGCAGUAUCAACCAAAGUCUCUCGCCCUCGAGGAGCUCCAUGCAGCUUUCUCCCCGGCCCAGCAGCAAGAGAUUUCGCCUUUUCCCCCGUCGUUCUGCAUCUCCAGCAGCCACCAAGAAGGUAGCGGUAGCACCGGUGGUGAAGCGAUCCCUUUCCCACAGUAUCAACUGUCAAUCCUGCCACCAGGAAGUCCAUGACCGCUGCUCCCUGGCCAGUCAACUGGAACACGUCAAACAAGAAAUUGAUAUUCUCAAGCUCCAUCUCAAUAACUUUGUUCUGAAUGCUUGCCCACCCCAAGUGGCCGAGAUGAAAGACCUGAUUCUCCACGACGGACGCCCCUGGGAACUCAUUGAAUUCCACGACACGGUGGAAGGAAGCAACUACCGCCGAUGGCGCUUCAAGCGAGGUGCCGUGGACCGUCGCGUCCGAGCCCUCAAGAAAGAAUUGGGUAGCAUCAACGUUCGCUUUGUCACACGCGUCGAAAUUGACUUUGACAAGAUGGACAAGGACGCCGUCGUCUCUCUGCUUCAAGCGCUGGAAAAGGACCGCAAUGUCAUCACACUUGUCUUUAGAGGACACAUUUCCGAGGCGGAGAUUGACGAUAUCGUCACCGCCGUGGAAGACUUGACGACUUGUGACGAACGCGUCUGGGAUGCCAUUCUCUUUCAUCCUUCCAACGACGAACGCAAGGGUCAUGCACACUUUGUCUGGAAACGCACGCUCCUGGCGGCCAGUCUGCGAUUGCAAUGCUUGGCGCACACUUACGCACUGCCCGUUGCAUUCCGUAUCAUUGAGCAGCAAUAGUAGCUGUGAUAAUCAUCAAAUAAAAUGUUGUACACUAUGCUAGUAUCCAUUAUUGCCUCUGCUGCAAG